CGGAAAUAGUUUUGUUGUGAGUGUGACGCGUCGAGACGCGCGAGCUGUGAGGAGGAGCAGGUGAUCAGUUACUAUGGCAGCUUCCACUGCAUUAACAGUGAAUUAUACUAGAAUACAGACAUUAACAUCAUAUUUCCAGCAUUGUCGAUCAAAACGAUGGAUUAAUCUGAAAACAGUCAACCGGAGAAGCCCUUUUUGUCAGUCACUGAAAAGACAUGCUGCCACUGUGGUCUCGGGGACAGAACUUGCUCGACAGAUCCAUAAAGAAGUCCAGAGUGAUAUAGCGAAACUAGUGGCCCAAGGCAACAGGAGACCUCAUCUGAGUGUCAUCCUAGUGGGAAAUGAUCAUGCCAGCCACACUUACGUGAGAAACAAAACCCGAGCAGCUUCACUGCUUGGCAUGUCAAGCAGCACAAUCUUCAGGCCAUCAUCAGUAUCUCAGGAAGAGAUGUUGGAACUGAUAGACAAAUGCAACAGAGACAGAAGCAUCAGUGGGCUGCUGGUCCAACUCCCUCUUCCAGAGCACAUCAACGAGAGAGCCAUAUGCAAUGCUGUCGCCCCAGAAAAAGACGUUGAUGGAUUCCACAUAGUAAACAUUGGAAAACUCUGCUUGGACCAGAGGUGCAUGGUGCCAGCCACAGCAGCGGCAGUGUGGGAAAUCAUCAGAAGAAUGGGAAUUGAAACAGUUGGAAAAAAUGUUAUUGUCGUUGGGCGCUCCAAGAAUGUAGGAAUGCCUAUCGCAAUGCUGCUGCAUUCGGAUAGAAACCAUGAACGGCCGGGAGGUGAUGCCACGGUUAUCAUGGCUCAUAGAUUCACUCCUCUACCACGACUGAAGGAACUUGCCAGUCUGGCUGACAUAGUGAUUGCGGCUGCAGGUGUACCUCACUUAAUAACGGCAGAUAUGGUAAAAGAGGGAGCUGCAGUUAUUGAUGUCGGCAUCAACCGCAUGCAGGACCCCGUCACUGGUAAACUUCGUCUUGUUGGAGAUGUGGAUUUUGAAGCUGUGAAGAAGAAGGCUGGAUUCAUCACUCCUGUGCCUGGAGGAGUCGGCCCAAUGACCAUCGCCAUGGUAAUGAAAAACACAGUCACUGCUGCCAAAAAUGCUCCAACAUACUGAACAAACACAAAACCUGCCAUUAUGGGUGGACAAGAUACAAGCACUUCAGUCUGGAUACUUUAAUUGGCACUAUUUGUCUGUAUCUUGAUUAUAAACACAAGCCCCUGCAAGCUUCCUCUACAACAUCCUUCCCUGCCCGUCGGCAAGCUGUAACAGGCCGUUCUAGCUGGCACGGCAGCCAUGCAUGGCUAUGACGGUAACUACACCCUAAUUCUUUUCUUAAAAAUUAGAGAGGUGCCUCCUCACUGAUUCUAAGUAGCUGCUACAGUGCUACAGUAUUAUUAUUUUGUCAGAGCCGAGAAAAUAAGGAGGGUUUACUGUGCAAGUGUAACAUUACCUCCCUGACAAUGCAUGGGUGAAGCCGGAAGUCUUCGUUGCAUCAUCCUCACUGAGAGUUUCGGUACGACUUGACUGGCUGCUCAACAGGUGACCUCAUGGCAGGGUAAUAGACGGUUCUCGGAUAUCUGACAGAUGAAUCUGUUGACACUGAGACAAACGGGACAUUAACACAUUUUCUCAGGAAAUCAUUUUAAAAGUGUAGUUUGAAUUCAAAAAAACAAAAUGGCAAAAAAUAACACAAGGAUGCUGCUGUAUUUAAUAUUUAUUUAUUCAUCUACCUAUGUAAGGUAUUAUUUAUGCAUUGUGUAUUUAUGCAU